AUGAAGUCCCUCCUGGUUCUCCCUCUCCUGGUUGUCCUCUCUUCGUGCGCCCCAGAUCCCCCUCGCUGUCGCUGCAGACCGCACGAGCCCUGCUGGCCUGCACCGCAAGAAUGGACCAGCCUCAAUCACUCCAUCGCCGGUAAUUUGGCCGCUGUGCGCCCCGCAGCAGCCGUCUGUUAUCCCGGCGCAGACGCUGACUCUGACUCCUGCAAAGAGGUAACCUCCUCGUGGAACAACUCCACUUGGCGCGCCGCCCAUCCCGGCGCCCUGCAGUGGGAGAACUGGGAAGCCUCGUCUGCUCGCGACGAGAGCUGCUACAUUGAGUCAGCCGAGUCCACCUCCUGCGGUCAGGGCCGUAUCUCGCUGUACUCGGCGCAGGCCAAAACCGCCGCGCACAUCCAGGAGGCGGUGCGGUUCGCGAAGAAACACAAUCUCCGUCUCGCCGUCAAGAACUCGGGUCACUGCUACCUGGGCCGGUCGUCAGCGCCGGACUCGUUGCAGAUCCUGACUAGCGCCAUGAAAGGCAUCCACAUCGUCGAUGACUUCGUCCCUGCCGGUGGACCUCGAUCGGAGGGUCAGGCCGUGACCCUGGACGCCGGCGUCACGCUCGAGGAGAUGUAUGCCGCUCUGGCGGAGAAGGAACGCAUCGCUGUUGGGGGCGCUGCCCGCUCCGUCGCCCCCGCGGGUGGCUAUCUCCAGGGCGGGGGACACUCGUUCCUGGGGCCAUGGAAGGGAAUGGCCUCUGAUAAUGCGCUGGAGUUCUCGGUGGUCACUGCGCGCGGCGACUUGGUCAUCGCGAACGAGUAUCAAAACACCGACCUCUUCUGGGCGCUGCGCGGCGGCGGCGGCGGCACCUUCGGCGUCGUUGUCAACGCCACCGUGCGCACCUUCGACGAAGUCCCCCUCGUUCUAUCCGAUCUCAAGAUCUCCACGCCCGCCGGAAAUCCCUCCUUCUGGCGAGCCAUGGCCGGCUUCCACGCCGCCCUACCGCGUCUUGUCGACGUCGGCGGCGCCGGCUACUACUUCAUGGUGCCGGAAAUGCCUCUCUUAGGCGACGCGAUCAGCAUCUCCGGCAUGACCGUCGUGAUGCACUUCCCCAACAUGACAGACAAAGCGCGCAUCGACGACCUCUUCGACCCGCUCGUCAAAACCCUCCGCUCCAACAAGGGCGUCACCGCCCUGUACCAGUCCAAGCGCGUCCCCAACAUCGAGACCCUCAUCAAGGAUGCCCUCAACCCCGGCGGCAAGGAAGACGUCGGCGGGAGCAAGCGCGCCGCCUCACGGCUCUACUCGCGCGAUCUGCUCACCUCCCCGUCCGGCGCAGACAAUCUCGUCUCCGCCCUGCAGUCCCUGCACUUUAACCCUGGCGAGACCGUCCUCGGUAAUAUCGUCGCGGGCGGCGCCGUCGCCGCUAACGCAGGCCGCGUCGACAGCGCGCUGAACCCCGCGUGGCGGCAGGCCCUGCUGCAUCUUGUUGUCGAGCGCCGCUGGACGGCCGUCGCUACCCUCGAGGAGCAGGAUGUUGUCAAGGCGAAUAUCACGGAUGUUGAGGUGCCGAUUCUGCGUGGGGUGGAGGGCGCGGAUGCCAUGGGGGCGUAUCUGAAUGAGGCGGAUGCGGAUGAGACGGACUUUCAGGCUUCGUUCUGGGGAAGAAUUAUCCCGAGUUGUAUCGGUUGA